GGUGCCCGUCGUGCAGAACAGCAGGGCCUCCGGCCUCAAACGCAGCGCAGCCGGGCCCACAGAAUCCCGCGCAGCACACUCCGCUGCCCCGCCCCGAGCGAGACCCGAGCCCGCCCGAAGUGGAGCCGAGCGGAGCCGAACGCCCCCGAGUCCGGGUCCUCCCGAGCCUCGGCUCUCCACCGCCUCCAGUCCGAAGGCUCCCGAGCGCUGGCGGACACACUAAUCGGGCCUCGGCCGCGGAUCGGUGUCAACUCCCGAAGCGCGGCGCGGUCGGGCUUCUUCGGGAGCAGAAGCGAAAAUGGCCGAGGGGACGCGAACGGCGCGGGGCGGAGAGGCUGCCGGGAUCGCGGCGGACUCGGCGGGUGGGGCCGAGGGGCAAGAUGGCGACCGGGCGGCGAGGGAGAGCAUCCUCCACGGUGCUCCCGUCCGUGCCUCUUCAGAUGCUGCUUUAUCUAAGCGGAACAUAUUUUGCCCUUUAUUUCCUAGCCACUGUCCUGAUGACCAUAUAUAAAAGUCAGGCUCUCAGUUACCCUCAUGACUACCUGGUCCUCGACCUGACCCUGCUGUUUCUGAUGGGGAUUCUGGAAGCGAUUCGGUUGUACUUGGAUGCACAUGAACUUCGCCCUCUGCUGCACUGCAGACCCUGCCACGAGUGCCCGGGCUCCCAGGGUCUCUGCUGGCUACAUCCACAGCCACAGGCAUGCCUGUAUUUUACUUACCUCCGUAUUUUUAUUGAAGUAUAGUUGAUAUACAGUAUAGUAUUGGUUUCAGGUAUACAGCACAGUGGUUCAACAGUUACACCCAUUAUUAAAUAUUCACCCUCUCUAGUGCAGUUACUAUCUGUCCACAUAGGAAGACGGUGCAGAAUCGUUGGCUACCUUCUCCAUGUCGCACUUCCAUCCCCGUGACCAACCCAUUAUAACUGAGAUCUGUACCCCUUUGUCCCCCUCCCCCAUGGUAACCACCAGUCACUUCUAGUGUCUAUGAUAGUCUACUGCUGUUUUGCUCUUUCUGUUUUGGUUUUUUUUAAGAUUCCCCAAAUGAGUGAAAUCAUAUGUAUUUGUCUUUCUCCACCUGGCCUAUUUCACUGAGCAUAGUACCCUCUAGAUCCAUACAUGUGUGGCAAAUGGCAGGAUCUCUUUUUUUCUUGGCUGAAAUAUCCCAUGUGUACACGCACCACCUCUUCUUUGGCACACCUGGGUUUUAAACGGGACUGUGCUGGGACGUUAGGAGAUGCUCCUGUGGUUGGAAUAGCUGGUAGAGCCCAUGACAGCAGCACCUCACCCGCCCGCAUGCCCACCCUAGACCCUGACCAGCAGUGAGGGGACAGGCUGCACCCCCCACAGGCUCCCUGAUCCUGGGCACCUGCAGUCAGCUGGCAGCAGCUGGAGGGGCAGUGUUUCCCAUGACUGACCCACUUGUUUGUGAAACACACAAUUUUGUUUUUGUAAGAAUGCAUGAAAUAUUCCAGAAUUGGUCUUAGCCCCAAGUAAAAUAUUUUAGGAAAUUUUGAACAAAAUCUUAGUUAAUGCUGCUCAGUGAAAUAAGCCGGGCGGAGAAAGACAAGUACCAAAUGACUUCACUCAUUCAUGGAGCAUAACAGCAAAGCAAAACUGAAGGAACAAGACAGCAGCAGACACAGACUCCAAGAAGGGACCAGCAGUUACCAUAGGGGAGGGCGAAGGGGGUUGAGGGGCACUAAUUCACAGUCACAAUAUAGGUAGGUCAGGGGGAAGGCGGUCCAGCACGGAGAAGACAAGUAGUGACUCUGUAGCAUCUUACCACGCUGAUGGGCAGUGACUGCAGUGGGGUGGGGGGGGGACUUGAGAAUACAGGUGAAUGUUGUAACCACAAUGUUGCUCAUGUGAAACUUUCCUAAGAUUGUAUAUCAGUACCUUAAUUUAAAAGAAAGGUCACCCUAUGGCAUGACCCUUUUUACUUAAUUUUAAUGUGUUUUCUUGUUGAUCAUGAAGUUUUAAAUGAAUAAAUCUACCAUAUUUUUUUCCUGAAAAAAAUAUCUUAAGUUAAUUUGGAAUUAGGAAAAGGUGUUAGAAUACAAUUGAGAGGAGAAAACCAAAUCCCCUCUCCCACCCACCCAGCUGACCCAGAUACACAGACUCAGAAAUUACAGCUUUGGGUGGUUUUAAGAUAAAAAGGAAAACGUGCCCCUUUUUGAAUUCUGUGGACUCGUGAGUCCUGUGCAGUCACAGUCCUCAAACCUGGGAGAAUGUGAUGGUGACAAGCUAGCAUUUGUCCCACAGCUGUGGCACCAGGGCUGGCCUCCCUGUGGCUUCUGGCCUCCCAGGCCCACAUGCAUCCAGAGCAAACAUCAUCCCAGGACCCAGCACUCACCCUGACUUUGUUCUGCUCCCCAGGCACCAAGGGCAACCUGACAGAGGCCAAGGGGCUGCUGGCCACCAGCCUGGUCCUCACAGCAGCUGGCAGCCUGUUGUCCAUGUAUUUCCUGCUCUGGCAGACCGUGGUGCUGUGGGCAGAUUUGGUGCUCAGCGCCACGCUCCUGGCGCUCCACGGCCUCGAGGCUGUCUUGCAGGUGGUGGCCAUCGCCACCUUUGUCAGCUAGAUGGGUGGUGCCCAGCCGCCUCCCCACGUCACUGUCCCUGUUGCAGAAUGGAAAGGCAUUUUCCUGCUGGUUUGCCAUGGUGUUUCAGGGCCGGGCAGUUUGCAGUGGCUUGAGGGGUUUUGGAGGGGGUGGGGUCAGAAACAAGGUAUGGGGCCAGUGUUGGGGACAACUGUGGGAGGGGUCCAGAAGUGCCCCGGGUGAUGGCCGUGGUGGCAUAGGGACAUCUGCUCAGUCCCCAAUUUUGGCUGGUGAGGGUUUUAGUUCAGCAGCUACCCUGACCCUGAGGCCCAGAGUGGACACAGCCCUUUGAAAAGGGCAGCCAGGCUAUUGCCACAAACCUCAUAGAACCACCCAUUCCAGCAGUGGCUCGGGACACCACCGUGUCACCUCGUUGGAGAAGCUUUUCCCAGUGUCCGUGGCCCACUCUGGGUGUGCUGGGGUACUUGGUCUCCAUGGAGCAGGCCGGGAUGGCACAAGUUCUCAUGGUGAUGGGGUGUCACAUCCUCUCCUCACCAGUCCACACCACGGGGCCUGGAGCUAGGGACCAGGGAUCCCGGGCUUUGCAGUAGGCUGAGUGCCGGGAGAAAGUCGGUGCAGAGAGCCUGUGAGCCCUGGGUUGGAAGGUCUCAGCCAUAGCUCCCUUCCCCUUGUGGAUCCUGAAGAAAGGUGGUCUGGGACCCCCAGGCACUGAGGGGAGGGAGGGUGGCAGGAAAGGAUGUGGAGAACAACCAGGGGCCCCGGGCGGGCAUGGCCGGAGAGCCGCUCCAUUCAUUGCUCAGAGGCCAAGCCCGUGUGGCCAGACGUCAGCAGCACCAGUUUCCUGUGCUGGAUGAGACCCAUCCACUGGUCUGAGUGCUCUUUGAAGGUUCCAGGCUGGUAUUUUCUAAUGACUUCAUUCAUUUUUUUUGCACAUUUUCUGUGUUGUAAUAACAUGUUUGAAUAUCUAGGUGUUUUCUCACAAUAUUCUUAAAAUAAAGAAAUGUUUGUACUUCC